CCGGAGGACAGUGACAAAACAACAAGAAGCGAGGUGAGCGAGAUGGAGAUUGAGAGCAAGCGCGCACGCACCACGACCACGAGAGGUGGUGAGGAGCAACAGACAGCGUUUGAUGCAGAGGACCAUUCGCAUCGGCGAUACAACCCUUUGCUGGACGAGUGGGUGCUGGUGGCACCACAUCGCAUGAAGCGUCCUUGGAAAGGGCAAGUUGAGGAUCCAUUUGACUUUGCAUCCAUCCCUCGCCACGAUCCCAAGAACGGGCUGUGCCCCAAUACCACUCGUGCGUCUGGCAAGAAAACACCAGACUACACAUCCACGUAUGUGUUUGUCAACGACUUCCCCACCUUUCGCGACGACCUGCCACAGCCCAGUGAAGAGCAACGCAAACUCAACGACUUGAUGCGACUCGAGGGCGUGACUGGUGAAUGCCGCGUCAUGUGCUUCCAUCCCUUCAGUGACUUGACGCUGCCCCUCAUGUCCCUUGAGAAUAUCCGAAAAGUUGUGGAUGCGUGGAUCGAGCAGCUGCUGGAGCUUGGCGAGAGGUUCAAAUGGGUGCAGAUCUUUGAGAAUAAAGGCCAGGCCAUGGGCUGUUCCAACCCGCACCCUCACUGCCAGAUCUGGGCAUCGGGGCACCUUCCCAACGUGGCAGCACGCAAGAACAAGCACCAGCUAGAGUACUAUGAGAAACAUGGCACGCCCAUGCUACUCGACUAUGCACAGCUGGAAGCCAAGCACAAGGAGCGCAUUGUGGUUGAGAACGACGAUUGGCUCGUUGUUGUUCCGUGGUGGGCUGUGUGGCCGUAUGAGACAAUGAUUCUGCCUCGUCGCCGGCACAUUCUCCGGCUUUGCGACCUGACUGACACGGAACGCGACUCUCUGUCAUCCGCCAUGAAGACACUGUUGACAAAGUACGACAAUCUGUUUCAGACCUCGUUUCCAUAUUCCAUGGGAUGGCAUGGAGCCCCAACAGGCGGGACGGGGGAUGACGAGUGCCAGCACUGGCAGCUGCAUGCCAUUUAUUACCCGCCGUUGUUGCGGUCAGCAUCGGUCAAGAAGUUUAUGGUUGGCUACGAGAUGCAUGCCGAGAGCCAGCGGGACCUCACUGCGGAAUCGGCAGCGCGCAGGCUUCGUGCUGUGUCGGACAAACACUACUACACGCCAAAGCUGUGAUGACAACAAGGCAGUGGGCACCGCCAAGCAACCAACGGCUGGCACAGCAACAACAACGCCACAAAUCUCUGAGACAUCCUCGCCACCAUCAAGGCUGCUGAAAGCAGUGCACACAGCUGCUGGGGUUCGUCCGGUCUACAGUUUGUGGUGUUGUAGACGGUUCACUUUAUGGAGAAUUGGUUUUAUCUUCAUUCAUGUUUCUGCAGAAUUUAUGUUAAAAAAUAAAACCCGCACCAUCCGC